AUGCCAUCUAUCCAGUUGCCACUGCUACUCCUCUGCCUGACCUUGUCUGCUCUUUGCCUCAACGGGGGGCAGCCCCUUCCAGAGGGAAGUGAGAACAUGGGCAGAAGUCCCCUGGAUGACGUCCUGAAGAGAUCUGAAAGCCUCAUUCUUCAGCCUGUCCUCCAGAAAGCCGAAAAGGAAGAAGAGAUGAAUAAAGAAUCAAAUGCCCCUCUGCCAGAAUGGCUUUCCAAAAGACAACACCCUGGGAAAAAGUACCUAAGUGACCUGGAGAAGAGACAGCAUCCUGGAAAAAGAAAUACUGAGGAAGACACAUCUUACGGUGAUGUUCAGAAGAGGCAGCAUCCAGGGAAAAGAGAGAUAGAAGACGACCUUGACGGCUAUCUGGAGCUGAAAAAGCAACAGUAUCCUGGCAGAAGGCCAUUGUUGGAUCGGUAUGCUGAGAUCCCUAGUGCACAGCUAGCCUACUUGAAUGAGUUAUCCAAAAGACAGCAUCCAGGCAGAAGGUAUCUGAUGUACAAGCGCCAGCACCCUAGCAAAAGAGGCUGGAAUGGUGAGGUAGACCUAAAUGACCAAUAUGGUGAGAAACGCCAGCAUCCUGGAAAAAGGCACUGGAAUUCUAACAGCCCAGAUGGUGCAGGCCCCUGCAACUUUCAGGAGUCCUUCACCUGUAACAAAGGCAGCUUGUUGCUUGAUUUAGUAGAAACCGUUAGCAAAGACAGGGUAGAAGAAAAACGUCAGCACCCAGGAAAGAGAUCAGCAUGGGAGAGUGAAACAGAGGAAUGA